GCUAACCGACCAAUGGGAGCAGCGGAUGGCUAACCGACCAAUGGGAGCGGCGGACGGCUAACCGACCAAUGGGAGCAGCGGAUUGAAGCACGUCUAGUGCUGCGUUCUAGUACUGUGGGAAAAAUGACUAAUCUAACUUUCCAAACGUUAUAUUACGAUUCACGUCGGCUCUCCGGCGGUAAAUACAACAGUUUAAUAUUCUGUUGAAUCUUCUCUAAAUCCUCUGAUUGUGUUAUCACUGUCACUGUAUAAAAUAUAAGCGCAAAAACACACGAAAUAUUGUAUUUCUUAACACAAAACGAAAUGGUUCACACAGAACGAAUUCAUUUCAUCAUAUUUCAUACUAAAGAAAUACCAUCACACGUAGUUAUGUGUUGUGUUUGCUGUUAUUGUCCACUAAUAACGUUAAUAACGGCUCUGAAAGUGUGCGCGCCGUAAAUGUUGUCUCUUUAACCAGUGCUCCGUGAAGGCAGCGUGAGAGUGGAAUCUGCGCAGGGAGGAUGCGCCGUGAGUCCACGGCGCAUGCGCAGUGAGUGCAUCGGUUAUGAAACAGACCUGAGCAGCAGCAGCAGGUGAAGCAGCCAGCUGAUCUCUGCACCUUCAGCAGCAGAACAGAGGCAAGAAAUGCGUCUUUCUUUGGGUUUCACAUAGACAUCACCUCCGGGGAGCCAGCACCAGAAUAAAAUGGCCCCAAAUUCCAUCCACUGGUUUCGGAAAGGCCUCCGUCUCCAUGACAACCCGGCGCUACUGCAGGCGGUCAGAGGAGCAGGCACAGUGCGCUGUGUUUACUUCCUGGACCCGUGGUUCGCCGGCUCGUCCAACGUCGGCGUCAACAGGUGGAGGUUUCUCCUCCAGUGUUUGGAGGAUCUGGACGCCAACCUUCGGAAACUCAACUCUCGCCUUUUUGUCAUCAGGGGCCAACCGGCCAACGUGUUCCCGCGGCUCUUUAAGGAGUGGAAGAUCUCUCGCCUGACCUUCGAGUAUGAUUCGGAGCCUUUUGGGAAGGAGCGAGACGCCGCCAUCAAGAAGCUGGCCAUGGAGGCGGGAGUGGAGGUCAACGUCAAGACAUCGCACACCCUCUACGACCUGGACAAGAUCAUAGAGCUGAACGGUGGGCAGCCUCCUCUCACCUACAAGCGUUUCCAGACUCUGAUCAGUCGACUGGAUCCUCCCGAGAUGCCCGUGGAGACGCUGUCGGAGAGCCUGAUGGGUCGAUGCGUCACCCCCAUCUCUGAGGACCACGGAGACAAGUACGGGGUCCCGUCCCUGGAGGAGCUGGGCUUUGACACCGACGGUCUGCCAUCCGCCGUGUGGCCGGGAGGAGAGACUGAAGCUCUGACCAGGAUAGAGCGCCAUCUGGAGAGAAAAGCGUGGGUGGCUAAUUUCGAGCGUCCCAGAAUGAACGCCAACUCGCUGCUGGCCAGCCCGACGGGCCUCAGCCCGUACCUGCGCUUCGGCUGCCUCUCCUGUCGCCUCUUCUACUUCAAGCUCACUGACCUCUACCGCAAGGUGAAGAAGAACAGCUCCCCUCCGCUCUCCCUGUACGGCCAGCUGCUGUGGCGGGAGUUCUUCUACACCACGGCCACCAACAACCCGCGCUUCGACAAGAUGGAGGGGAACCCCAUCUGCGUACGCAUCCCCUGGGACAAAAACCCUGAAGCGCUCGCCAAGUGGGCCGAGGCCAAGACCGGGUUCCCCUGGAUAGACGCCAUCAUGACUCAGCUGAGGCAGGAGGGCUGGAUCCAUCACCUGGCCAGGCACGCGGUGGCUUGCUUCCUCACCAGGGGGGACCUGUGGAUCAGCUGGGAGGAAGGGAUGAAGGUGUUUGAGGAGCUGCUUCUCGAUGCCGACUGGAGCGUGAACGCAGGCAGCUGGAUGUGGUUGUCCUGCAGCUCGUUUUUCCAGCAGUUUUUCCACUGCUACUGCCCCGUGGGCUUCGGCCGACGCACCGACCCCAACGGGGACUUCAUUAGACGUUACUUACCUGUCCUCCGAGGUUUCCCCGCUAAGUUCAUCUACGACCCGUGGAACGCCCCGGAGUCCGUGCAGGCGGCUGCCAAGUGCAUAAUCGGCGUCCACUACCCGAAGCCAAUGGUGCACCACGCGGAAGCGAGCCGACUCAACAUCGAGAGGAUGAAGCAGAUCUACCAGCAACUCAGCCGAUACAGGGGACUGGGUCUGCUGGCAUCGGUGCCGUCCACCUCUGGGAAUGGGAACGGAGGAAUGAUGGCGUACUCUCCCGGAGAGCAGCAGCCAGGGACCAACAACAACAACAACAACAACUCACAUUUGCCUGGAGCGUCGGGGAGCUCCGCUGCGACGGGGAACGGCAGCGGGAGCGUCCUCCACAACUUUCACAAUGAAGAACAUGCGGAGCCGAGCAGCAGACUACAGCAACAGCGACUGCAACCGCACCCACAGCAACAACAGCAACAGCAACAUCAGCAACAGCAACAUCAGCAGCAGCAUGGAUACCACUCAGUGCCAGGCGCCAGCCAGACCAUCACCAGCAGCCACCUCUUCCACGAGUUUGCUGUGCCUCAAAGCCCAGGACUCCUCCUGCACAGCAGAGGCAGCGUCACAGGAAAGCGGGAACGCGAGUCGGAACGAGACGAGUCGGGGGAGAAGGACCCGGCGUCCUGCUCCGUGCACAAGAUGCAGAGGCAGAGUACAUGAGACUACCUAGAGCAGCGGCGGUGGUGAGAGUCUGAAUCCACGUUCACCAUCCGGCCGGCCUGCGGAGAGAGGAAAUCCCAACGUUGCCUCAAACACACGCAGAUACGACUGCCUCCUCUUCUACAACGCACCUCAAACUGCUCUCUGUCUUAACGGUCAGAAAUCCCCCCCCCCCUCCGAGGUGUAAACACAAAGGUGAAAAUGUGAUUUUUGACACGAUCUCUGGAAGGUCUUUAACAUCAUUAGAGAGUCCGUUGACCUCUGACCUCUUGCAGCUGCGUACAGACAGGAAGAGGAAUGUCCAAAGAAACUAAAACACCUCAGAAACGUACAGCUCGCCAGCAGCCAGUAAAUACUGUGUGACCUCUGGAGCAGCUAUAAAUGUAGGUUAUGGAUAUUUAAUAUUUUUUUAAAGCUGCAAAUCCAUGAAUCACCUCGUCUGCUCGUCUACACACGGAUGUACAGCCAAGCUGAUGAUGUAUGUCGGCGUUUACAGAGGAGGCUAAUGUGCUGCAUCCCACCAGGAAAACACCGUCACCUCCACACAUACUCACUCCAGCAAUAUUGUUUUGUCACAAAAUGUGAUAUUUAAAGGUAAAAUAUGCAGGAAUGUCCUAAAAAAAAUUAUCCUUCUCAAUUAGGGAUGCACCGAUACCGAUACCGAUACCAGCAUCUCAUGUAGUCGCACUCGCAAAAUAGCACCGAUACCACUUUACGGCAGCGUGACGUUAACCUCUCGUCACCAUCUUUCAGGUCCUAUUGCAAGCGCUCAUGCUCCACCCCCCCGUCGGUGCGGGAGAGAUGGGCCGGUGGUGCGCCCGACCCCGCUGGGCCGGGAUCCCACCUCAGCCGGCGCGCGCUGGCCCUCACUUUCGUUGCGACACGAGGUUUUGCUUGCACCUUCUGACUCGCGCCUGCGUUAGACUCUUUGGUCCGUGUUUCAAGACGGGUCGGGUGGGUUGCCGACAUCGCCGCAGACCCUUGGCGCCUUUUACGUGGGCCAAGCCCCGCCCUGGGGGCACGACGCGGUUGGGGCGCACUGAGGACAGUCCG